GCGAAAUUUAUUUUUGAUUCGAGGUUCAGUUUUCGGGUGGGUUGCGAGUUACUUGAAUCCGAAAUGGCUUCUUCUUCACCUCCGCCAAAGCGAAGGCGAAAGGAACAUGGCGAAGAUACAAACGACGACUCACCAAUACCACCGCCUGUGGUUGUCUUUGCUCACGGUGCUGGUGCCCCUUCUUCUUCCGAUUGGAUGAUCAGAUGGAAGGACAUGUUGAAAAAUGCUUUACAUGCUAUUGAAGUCGUCACGUUUGACUAUCCUUAUAUUUCUGGCGGAAAGAAGAGGGCUCCUCCCAAAGCAGAGAAAUUGGUGGACUUUCACAAAGAUAUUGUGAAAAAGGCCGUUGCUAAGUACCCUGAACAUCCGCUGAUUUUGGCCGGUAAAUCAAUGGGCUCUAGAGUAAGCUGCAUGGUUGCUGCUGAGGGUGACAUUGCAGCAUCGGCAGUAAUUUGCUUGGGUUACCCGCUUAAGGGCGUGAAUGGAGCUGUGAGGGAUGAAACAUUGUUGCAACUUGACAUACCUAUAAUGUUUGUUCAGGGUAGCAAAGAUGGGCUUUGUCCUCUUGAUAAGUUGGAAGCUGUUUGCAAGAAGAUGAAAUCACUCAACGAGUUGUACGUGAUUGAUGGUGGUGACCAUUCUCUCAAAAUUGCUAAAAAGCAUCUUCAAAUGAUGGGGUUAGCUCAAGAUAAAGCUGAAGAUCUUGCUAUCCAGGCUGUUGCAUCGUUUGUCUCCAGGUGUAUCGGAGGAAAAUGAUAAUUUAAUUUGUUUCCAGUUGUCUCAGGGUCAUCAGAAUAUUCUCAUAUCAGGCUGGACAAACUACUUUGUAUGGUUUUGUAAUUUCGUUAGGUUUAGAACAGGUGUGGCAUUCACUUCAGCAUUGACAUUGUUUGAUUGCCUGCCUAUUUCCGUCUCAGAAAGUUUUGUAUACCUAUGUCCGGGAAAUGAAAUUAUUAGGGGGCAGGGCUUUUGCAGGAAUGACUAUUUCAUAAAUAUUGCUUCAUCUAAUGUCACAAAUUGCUGUUUGCGGCGUUCAA